AUGGAGGACAGUAUCGUGGAAUACGGGGUCUUCGGUUCACUUAUGGCCCUCAACUUCGGACUGGGCCUUUACUUCUCGCUGCGUCGGAAGGCGCGCCUGGCCCGGACAACCGUUGAGGUCUUUCUGGGCAGCCGGGCACUGCGAGCACUACCCCUGGCGGCCUCCGUAGUGGCGACCAUCGUUUCGUCUGCGGGAAUGGUUGGCUUCACGGGGCACUUCUACGCUUAUGGUUUCCACCUCAUGUGGCAUGCGCUGGUGGCUGUUGUCGUGGCGCCCGUUGCAGCCCACAUUUUCCUGCCAGUGAUGUAUGGGCUGCGGAUCACCUCAGUGUUCGAGUACAUCCGGCAGCGCUUCAACUCAGCCAUUGCGCUGACCGCCUGUAUUAGCUACAUUUUCCUCACGCAAAGCAUUGGCGCACUCGCUAUCUUCGCGGCCGGCCUUACCAUCUUCACAGUUUUUGGAGCUCCGUUGGUGCUGUGCAACAUUCUCAUUGGACUCUUCGGAACUCUCUACACUGCACUGGGAGGUCUACGAGGCGUUGUGUGGACAGACUGCGCUCAGCUAAUAUUCAUGCUGUUUGCUCCGGCCACUGUCAUCGCCAAAGUGAUCAUCGACAUGAACGCUUCCUACGGCACAUUUCAACCUGUCACUGAUUUUGACCUUCGUGCAUUCGUUGGCAACUUCACACUGGAUUUUUCGCACGAUGAGACCGUCUGGGCAGCAUUUUUUGGGUCCGUAGCUACAGCUAUCUACAGAGUAGGCCUCGACCAGGCAGUUGUGCAAAGGUGCAUGGCGUCCCGCACCCUGGCAGAAGCUCAGAGGAUGAUUCAAGUAGGAACAUUCCUGCUUGUCACAGCGUACGCAGUACAGCUUUCCAUGUCUCUGGCAAUAAUUUUUUGGUUUAGAGGAUGUGAUCCACAACUCCGUGGCGCUAUUGCAAGUCAUGAUCAGAUCCUGCCGUUCUAUGUGAGAACACACCUGGUGAAAUUAAGCGGGUUCAGUGGAAUCUUUCUUGCUUCUAUUGUUAGCGCCGCAUCAAGCACUACGUCGUCCAUCGUCAACUCUCAGGCUGCUGUGCUCUACGUGGACAUCCUCUCUCGGCACUUUAAAAAUCCAGAAACCAAUGUCCGUUGGAUAACUCGCGGCGUAGCAUUUCUUCUCGGAGCUGUUAUGACGUCCUACAGCUGUGUCAUUGUCUACAUGGGAUCUGUAACCAGGCUCCUCAUGAUGGCAUACGGAGCCGCCACCGGCCCCUUCGUGGGACUUUUUAUCCUGGCCAUUGUAUUCCCAUUCGUGCAUUCAAAAGGAGCAGGAAUAUCGACCCUGCUCAUGAUAGCUGCUCAAGUUGUUGCACUGUGGAGGUCAAUUGACGGUGGCAUCAAACCGCCACAUAUGCCCGUGUCACUUCACUACUGUCCAGACAACACCACCUUUACGUCUUAUGGCACAAACCUCACGGUCGACAUUUCUUCGAACAGGUCACAGAGAAAUGCAGCGUCCGUUGCGUUAUCACCAUUAUGGAGCUCUCUCCUAGGCACGUUGGGAACAGUUCUGCUCGGCAUACUCAUAAGUGUAAUCACAGGUGAGCACAGGAAACGUCAUGCAGAAGUCUCCCACUUGAACAGGUGGUGCGUUCGGUUCUGGCGUAGGAUGGGAGUUAUGGAACCCGAUGAAAGCUUCUCAAUGAUGAACACAGAAGAUACAAAAGACGAACCACAAACAACGAAGACACUAUUACCUUCCCAAAGUGAAGACCAGCAGGAAUCAACGGUCUGAAGUUUCAGUGCCAAAUAAUUUGGUUUUACGCCGAAUUUUACACCACUGCGCUUUCAUAGAUUCUAUUACAUCUGCGCGAUAGUUCAUAUGCUACAAAAUGCUCAAUAGAUGAAAAAUUAUUUAUGUUAUAA